AUGCAGGAGAUUGAAAAGGUGUUGAUAGUGCUACAGUGUACAGAGGAGCAUAGGGUUCUAUUUGCCACGUAUAAACUGACAGGAGAGGCCGAGAGAUGGUGGACGGCAGUGAAACUCCUAAAGCAGAAGAGGUCAAUGCCUAUAGAGAUAACAUGGGAUCGAUUCAAAGAAAUAUUUUUCAACAGUUACUUUCCAACCUCGUCUAGAGAAGCUAAGGUAGAGGAGUUCCUAAAUUCGAAGCAGGGAUCGCAGACAAUGCAGCAGUACACGGCGAGGUUCAUUGAAUUAUCUCGUUUCACCCCGUACAUUAUCCCGAACGAGAUGAAGAAAGCAAGACAAUUUGAAAAAGUCCUAAGGAAAGAAUUAUAUAAGCAGGUGGCAAUACUGAAACUGCAGGACUUUGCCGAGCUGGUAGACAGAGCAGUUGUGGCAAAAGCCGGAGUGCGGAUGGAUGUUAAGGAAUAG